CUUACACACCACAUUUGCAACAAAAAAAAUAAAAGAAGUUAGAAAACAUUCAAUGGAGAAAGCCACUAUAAUGCUAAUCCUGGCAGUGAUGGCCGUAGCAGGGGCGCAGAGUGAGGCCGCGGUGUCGUGCUCGACGGUGAUGACCGAUCUCUCCCCGUGCAUCAACUACGUGAUGUACGGGGGAGCUCAGCUGCCACCGGUGAACUGCUGCCAAGGGAUAAGGUCGCUCUACAACCAGGCCACCUCCACCCCGGACCGCCAGACCGUGUGCUCGUGCCUCAAGUCCGUCGCCAACUCCGCCACCCCAACCAUCAUCACCAACGCUGCCUCGCUCCCCUCCAAAUGCGGCGUCAACAUUCCCUACAAGAUCAGCCCCUCCACUGACUGCUCCACAGUUCGCUAGGAGAGAGAUUGGAGCUUUUCCUCAAAUGACGGACCAGAAGACAGUACAACGGAGAAUUAUUAUUACUAGAAUAAUUAAGGUUUUAUAUUAGGGUUUUUGUCUUCUGCCUAUGGGGGAAAAGUUAGGGUCUAAGUAUUUGAUGCCUAUGGGGGAAAAGUUAGGGUCUAAGUAUUUGAUGUAUUUGUUGUCUUAAUGUUGAAAUCAGCUUGCUUUGUGUGCUUUUUAUC